AUCCUGUGUUGUUGUCUCUGAGUUUGCGUCGGCGGCGUCGGAAGCGUCGCGUUGUCGGUGGUGUCGGUCGCAUGUCGGUAGUUGUAGCAGGUUCCAGUAGUAAACGCAGUGGUUUAAACCUCUUUAGCAGUUUCAGAGCAGCGUGAUUCAGCAUGACCGGUGAACUUGUGGAGGCAGUUCAUGAUGCUUCCGCUGAAAGUACCAGCCAGUAUUCCAGCAGUGCGUCUCUCGCGACUUUCGAGUACUUACAAAAAGUCAUAAAAAUAUCUGCGAGCAUGUCUACAGGCAUGUCCAGGUGGCUCAUGCACCGUUCGCUGGAGCUGUUCGGAUCUCCCGGUGAUUCCCUGAGGAACUCCAUACAAUCAUGCCAGCGUUGUGGCGUGCAUUGGCAGCCAUCGGAAAUUAAGUUUAGAACGAAACCACGUCCAGUCGUGCGAGGAAGCAUGAAGAAAUUAUUACGCAGAGAAGAACACAAGCCAUGGACAUUAGAUUCGGCUAAGAGGAAGCGACUACGGCGCUUCAAACAACUCACAACGAUGCUGGUCUACACGUGCCAGGUUUGUGGACACAGCAGAAAGUAUCCUUGUCCGAAACCUAAGACUGCCAAAGCAUCGGAUGCAGAUGGCACCACAGGGUCUUUCAAUUCAAAAACGACACCAGCAAAACAGCCUGGGGCUGGAGCAACACAUUGUGAGCCCAAAAGAAAAAGUGUGGUGUCAACUGCAGCGCACAUAAGCUUAGGAAACAAGGAACGCAAGAGGAGCAGUACAGCAGGAACACCUCUCAAGGAACCUGCCUCAGUGAAGCGUGCGCGAAACCUGCUUAAACAAGUGCUUACCGAACAGGAUGAUGCAAAGAGGAGAAGCAGUGGAGGCUUGCACAUGUUUCUGUCAUCAUUGGGGUAGUGGAUGUGAAACAUUAGAAGAAAUUAAAUUUGGACUUGCAUGAGUACCUCAUUGAUCUUC